UCAUGUUUUUUUAAGUGCAGUGGAAAAGGAGUUAUGAUCGUGCAUUUGACAGUUCUAAUUUUGUUUUGAGAUAGUCACCACAGGUGGCUGACCUUUUGAAACUGUUAUCAGAAGCUGUGCAAACGGAGGUUUGGACUGGAAAACGGAGAACGUAGUGGUUAUACAGAAGAGGCUCUCCUGGUCAACCCCCCUAACUGAGGGACAGUGACAAAAAUGACAAUGGAGGUGCCAGGGAGAUCCCGGGGUCUCAGUUGUCUUCUCUCGUACGUUUCCUUGCUGUGUGUGGUGCUGGACUUGCAUUUCGAUGGACUGUUUGCUGCCAGCCAAGCUGAAAUUGAGCAACACUUAGAGAUGGGCAAGAAGCUGUUAGCUGCAGGGCAGCUGGCCGAGGCACUGUCACAUUACCAUUCUGCUGUUGAAGGAGACCCAAAGAACUAUCUGACAUACUACAAGCGAGCAGCUGUCUACUUGGCCAUGGGCAAGUCCAGGUCUGCACUUCCAGAUCUUUCAAAGGCUAUUGAGCUCAAACCAGAUUUUCUAGUGGCCAGGCUUCAGAGAGGGAAUAUCCUGUUAAAGCAUGGUAAUGCUCUGGAAGCAAGAGCGGACUUUGAAUUUGUGUUGCAGGCAGACCCUGGACAUGAGGAGGCACGAGGACAGCUUGCCAAAGUGCACGAACUAGAACAACACCUUCAAGAAGCCCACGUAUACUACAACAGACAUAACUACCUGGAGACCAUUGAACUGCUUACAAGGGUCAUUGAGUUGUCUCCUUGGGACCCUGAGAGCAGGGAAUUGCGAGCUGAUUGUUAUCUACAAAUUGGAGAUUACAGCAAAGCUAUCCAAGAUCUGAAGCCCACCACAAAACUCCGGAAUGACAAUAGAGCUGCAUUCCUGAAACUAAGCAAUCUUUACUAUACUACAGGAGAGCAGGAGGAAUCCUUAAAUCAAGUGCGUGAGUGUCUAAAACUGGACCAGGAUGAUAAGGAAUGCUUUGCACAUUACAAACAAGUGAAGAAACUUGCUAAACAACUGGAGGCUGCAGAGGAGUACAUCAAACAGCAACAGUAUGAUGAUGCCAUUGAGAGGUAUGAGGCCUCUAUGAAAACUGAGCCCAGUAUUGCAGUGUACACAUCCAGAGCAAAGGAGAAGAUCUGUUACUGCCUGUCAAAGGGUAAAAAAGCAAAAGAAGCUAUAGAUUUCUGUACAGAAGCCCUCCAAGAAGACCCUCGUAAUAUCUUUAUCCUGAGGGACAGAGCUGAAGCUUAUAUCCUGGAAGAUGAAUUUGAAAAAGCUGUGGAAGAUUAUCAGGGGGCAAGAGAGCUUGAUGGAGAAAACCAUGAGAUCAAAGAGGGACUAGAGAGAGCUCAGAAACUACUCAAGCAGUCAAAGAAGAGAGAUUAUUACAAAAUCCUUGGCAUUAAGCGAAAUGCCAACAAACAGGAGAUCAUCCGGGCAUACCGUAAGCUGGCACAACAGUGGCAUCCUGACAACUUCCAGUCAGAAGCGGAAAAGAAAGAGGCGGAGAAGAAGUUUAUUGACAUAGCAGCAGCUAAAGAGGUCCUCACAGAUCCAGAAAUGAGACAAAAGUUUGAUGCAGGUGAAGAUCCCUUGGAUCCUGAGAACCAGCAGGGAGGUGGUCAUCCACACCAGUGGCCAUUCGAAUUCAACCCUUUCGGUUCUGGCAACUUCCACUUCAAAUUUAACUUCAACUGAUCCAUGAUGUGUUUCCGAAGGAGAAGUAGCCUUAGAAGCUCUCUGGACUAUUUUUGACUAAGAAGUGCACUGACUUUACCAAGCUGCUUUAAUAGACAAACUUUGGGCUUCUUUUGAGAAAGUGCAAUUCAGAACAAAAAAAGAUGGCUUUGGUAUUUUUUUUUUACCAAACAAGACAUUGUUUAUAUGUAUGAGCACUCCUUGUCCUAAAUGGAUGCCAUUUUUGUUACUGUUCUACAGAACUCUUCACUUGACCGGAUGCUUAAAUAUAAAGGAUGAUGCACCCCACUUUGUAUUUGAGAUGGAGCCAAACUGCAAAGAAAGUAAAUACAGAGAUUAUAAGACUAAGUUUCUGAAUGAUAUAAAUAUUUUAAUAACAGAGUUAUUUAUGAAGAAGCACUCAUGCUUAUCACAUUUGUUAAUUGUGUAGAAUUCAGAAUUACUUUUUCAAACUUUUACUUUAAUAGUUCUUUAUCCUAUUUUAGCAUUUUAUUUUAUUAAUUUGUUUGAGGUUAUUGUAUUUUGGUUGUGAGUUGUUUGCUUUCUGCUGUUUACAAGUUUCAUAUUAUUUUGCUGUCCUGGUUCUGUUUUGUUCAUAUUUUAAAUAGUACCUUCUGCACUUACACUAGAUGAAGAUGACAUUUUCAGUUUGGGUUUAAGUAUCACUGUUGUAAAGCCAACAAUUUUCAGAUUUUAAAAUGUGCAGUAUUAGCCACCACUAAGUAAUAAUAAUCUUGAAUUAUAUUAAACUUUCUUAGCACCAUCAGUUCUACUGGCCAAAAAUUUUAGUUAUUAGUUUAGUGCAAACCAAUGCCAUUCAAGUUUGCCACCCUUUUGUAGAGAGGUAUAAAAUGUUGCCUAGAUUUUUUUAGGACUGAUUGACAUAGAAAUAAAUUUUGCACAGCAUCUUGGUUUAACAGUUUGUUCUGUACUAAAUGCAAAAA